UAGAUUUUGAGUUUUCAACAUCAUCUACUUGAGAAAACCUGAUAAACUAAAAAUCAUACUGUAUAGAGGGUUUCAAAUUCAGUCAAACAUUUCUGUAGAAACAUCUCCUUUGUUUCAUUUUCUUCUGGUUGUUCUGUUUGCAAGUGCAGUGAGGACAUCUUUCUCUCAACCUUCUUUUUUGUUGGCUGAGUUGAGUUGGUUGGUGCACCCCAUUGUCAAACGUCAAAUCUAUUUUUCUAAAUUAAUACUAAUAAGUAUUAUUCUAAAUAAACAAACUAGCUACCUUUUCAAACAAACAUAAAGAAGGAAAAAAAACACUUAGCCACCAAUAUAAACAUUUUAAUAGAUUUAUGCAUCACAUUUCAUUUCUUAGAAAAUCAUGUUUUUAAAUUACUAGAUUUUUUCUUAAUUUCUUUCUUUUUCUCUCUUUCCAUGCAUGAGAGAAAGAGAAAGAGAAAAAGAAAGGAAGAAAGAUCAUCCCAUCAACAACUCCCAUUAUUACCCGAUUCAAACAAACAAGCACAAAAAGGUUGAAAAGAAAAUAAGAGAGAAAUGGGUUAAAGAAGAAUAUUAGGAGGAAAUUCAACCGACAAUAUCCUUCGAUUACUCCAUUCUUAAUUUCUCUUCAUUGAAAUCAACAGAGAAGCAGAAGAAGAAUUUGGGUUUGGGUUUGGAAAACAUAUUCAAUCAAGAUCAAGAAGAAGAAAUUGGUUUCGGAGGAAAAAAGUCCCCAACACAGGUAUUAAAUUCAUCAAUAUGUCUAAUUUAGCCUCAUCAUCAAAUACCCGCCAGUUUCUUCUCAUCAUCAUAUUCAUAUUAUUCUCAUUUUUCAUCUCUAUAUCAUACUCAGACUCAAGAAUUCAAGAAGCUAGUUUAAAUUGUAGUACAGCAAAGUAUCCACCAGCAUUAACCAAUACAUUGAUAACAACUUUUACUGCAGUAAUGGAAGGAUUAUUAGGACAAGUAACUAAUCAGAACUGGGGUUCAUAUCAUCAAGGAAACAAUCCACCCAUAUAUGCAUUAGCCAAUUGUAUGAAAGAUCUUUCAAAUACUGAAUGUCUUCUUUGUUUUGCUGAGAGUCGAACAAGGCUACCCCGUUGUAUACCUUCAGUAUCAGGACGAGUUUAUUUAGAUGGUUGUUUCUUACGUUAUGAUAAUUAUAGUUUCUUUGGAGAAGCUGUGGACAAGAAGCAUGAUAAGGCUGUUUGCGGGAAACCAUUUGCGAGUAUAGUGAAACAAGACUACUCAAAACUGGAGUUUACGCAAAGCGUUAUUCAACUUAUUCAUAAUGUAACCAGAAUUGCAAUUGAGAACGACGGGUUUGGUGUUUCUGAUAUUAAAAGUGGUCUUGCAACCGUGUACUCAAUGGCACAGUGUUGGAAACCCUUGUCGAGUCAUAAGUGUAAAGAAUGUUUAGAUGAAGCCGCGCAUGAAAUUAGAAAUUGUACGCCCAGCAUUGAAGGGAGAAGUUUGAAUGCUGGGUGUUAUUUGAGGUACUCAACAACUAAGUUUUACAGCACCGUCGCUGAAAAUAUGAACGAUACAGGGUUCUCACAUAUAGGAGUUACCGUUGCGAUUGCGUUAGCAGCUUCAGCCUUUUCUUUGCUAUGUCUAUUUGGUGCUUGUCUAGGCUACAAAAGACUAGAGGUUUUGAGAAUAGAACGUAAUAAUCUCGGGCGGCUUUCAUCUGCUGUUAGCAAGUCUAAUCUGAAUUUCAAAUAUGAAACACUUGAAAAGGCAACAGAGUUUUUCGAUCCAUCGAGGAAAUUAGGACAAGGUGGAGCUGGUUCAGUGUUCAGGGGGACUCUGCCGGAUGGGAGGAUUGUUGCUGUGAAGAGAUUGUUUUUUAAUACUAGACAAUGGGUUGAUGAGUUUUUCAAUGAGGUCAACUUGAUAAGCGGAAUUAGACACAAGAACCUUGUACAGCUAUUGGGAUGUAGUAUUGAAGGACCUGAAAGUCUUCUGGUCUAUGAAUAUGUAGCAAACAAAAGUCUUGAUCAAGUCAUUUUUGAUAAGAACGCAACCCAAACUUUAACAUGGCAGCAGCGGUUUGAUAUUGUCGUCGGUACUGCCGAGGGGUUAGCAUAUCUUCACGGAGGUACUCAAACUAGGAUAAUACACAGGGAUAUCAAAUGCAGCAACAUUCUCCUCGAUGAGAAUUUAACAGCAAAGAUAGCAGACUUCGGACUUGCUCGAUGCUUCGCAGCCGACAAAACACAUCUCAGUACAGGAAUCGCUGGAACACUUGGUUACAUGGCUCCUGAGUAUCUUGUUCGAGGACAACUAACAGAGAAAGCAGACGUAUAUAGUUUCGGUGUUCUGGUUCUUGAGAUUAUAUGUGGAAAGAAGAACAAUGUUUUCAUGCAGGAGUCGGGUUCCAUCUUACAGAAAGUUUACAAACAUUACAAGGGCAACACAUUGACCAAUUCGGUAGACCCUUCCCUUGAAGGUAAUUUUCCUGAAAAAGAAGCAUCCGACGUACUUCAAGUUGGCCUAUUAUGUACACAAGCUUCUGUUGCGUUAAGACCAUCCAUGUCUGAUGUGGUUAAAAUGCUUACUGAUAAAGACUUUCCUGUUCCUCUGCCGAAACAACCUCCAUUUUUAAACGCUAGUGUGAUGGAUCCAGAUGCCUCUCCUAUUUCCUUUGGUAUGUCUAGUAAGUCUUCUACUCUUACUAAUUCAACAUCCUUCAAAUCUUCUAGCUCAUCAAGUGCAUUUGCCCUUCAUGAUCCUGCAUCAAUGGGAACAUCUACUUCGCAAUGGAGAAAGAUUUAGUUGAGCAACCAAUAAUAUAAAGAGAAUCGCAGAAAUCUUUCCUAUCCAUUUUUCGCCUUCCUGUUUUAGUAAUUCAUUUUUGAGGUUUGAGAGAUGGGUUGCAAAUCCUUGAGACAUGUAAUUGUACGCUCAUCCUUGGAUCGAUAUUGUAAGAUUGCAUAAUAUUAGAAUCUGGGCGUAGAAAUUAGAAAAGAUGACAGAUAGAGACUGCUAGGCAAACUUACAAUUUCAAAAGAGAAAAAUGUGGUUGACAUUCUGUACACCACAUUGUGACAUUGGAUUCAUGUCUCCCUUUAUUGUAGAUAUAUACUGUAAUGCUUCUUUGAAUAUCAAUAGUCAACUAAGUUAACUG